GCCGGAGCGCUUGGAGGCGGGGGGGCGGGGUCUUCCGGGGGCGGGGUCUCGGGCGGCGCGGGUGACUUGCAGCUGCCGCGGGCGGGCGGGCAGGCUGGCUGGCUGGCGGGAGGCGGCGGGCCCGCAGCGGCGCGGCGUCCCGGCUGCGCGACGGGCUGAAUAAAGGCCAUGGCCGCCUCUCUGGGCCCCGCAGGCGGUGGCGGCGCCGGGGCAGCGCACGGCUCCGGCCCGUCGGGCUUCGCCUUCGACUCCGGACUCGAGAUCAAAACUCGCUCGGUGGAGCAGACGCUGCUGCCGCUGGUUUCUCAGAUCACCACACUUAUUAAUCAUAAAGAUAAUACCAAAAAGUCUGAUAAAACUCUGCAAGCAAUUCAGCGUGUCGGACAAGCUGUCAACUUGGCAGUUGGAAGAUUUGUUAAGGUGGGGGAAGCUAUAGCCGAUGAAAACUGGGACUUGAAAGAGGAAAUAAAGAUUGCCUGCAUUGAAGCUAAACAAGCAGGAGAAACAAUCGCAGCACUUACAGAUGUGAGCAGCCUGAAUCGUCCAGAAUCAGAUGGCCAGAUCACAAUUUUUACAGAUAAAACAGGAGUCAUAAAGGCUGCAAGAUUACUUCUUUCUUCAGUGACGAGAGUGUUGCUACUGGCAGACCGAGUAGUCAUUAAGCAGAUAAUAAGAUCGAGAAAUAAGGUUCUUGCAACUAUGGAAAGGCUGGAGAAAGUGAAUAGCUUUCAAGAGUUUGUCCAAAUAUUCAGUCAGUUUGGGAAUGAAAUGGUGGAGUUUGCACAUCUAACUGGAGAUAGACAAAAUGAUUUGAAGGAUGAAAAGAAAAAGGCAAAAAUGGCAGCAGCUAGGUCAGUUCUUGAAAAGUGUACAAUGAUGCUUCUCACAGCUUCAAAGACUUGUCUCAGGCAUCCCAACUGUGAGUCAGCCCAUAAAAACAAAGAAGGAGUAUUUGACCGGAUGAAAGUGGCAUUAGAUAAGGUCAUUGAAAUUGUGACUGAAUGCAAACCAAAUGGAGAGAAUGACAUUUCAUCUAUCAGUAUUUUUACUGGGAUUAAGGAAUUCAAGAUGAAUAUUGAAACUCUUCGGGAGAAUCUUUAUUUUCAGUCAAAAGAGACUCUCUCAGCGAUGUUGGAAGCCCUCUUGGAGCGCACGGAGGACUUCACUGAUUGUGCCUACACCAGCCAUGAGCACAGGGAACGCAUCUUGGAACUGUCAGCUCAGGCGAGGACCGAAUUGCAGCAGUUAAUUUCUGUGUGGAUUCAAGCUCAAAGCAGGAAAACAAAAAGCAUCGCUGAAGAACUGGAACUCACUAUAUUGAAAAUCAGUCACAAUCUCAAUGAACUUAAGAAAGAGCUUCAUAGUACAGCAGCUCAGCUGGCAGCAGAUCUGUUAAAAUACCAUGCUGAUCAUGUGGUUCUAAAAGCAUUAAAACUUACUGGAGUAGAAGGAAAUUUAGAAGGUUUGGCUGAAUAUGCCUGCAAACUCUCUGAACAGAAAGAGCGGCUUAUUGAGACCUGUCGAUUGUUGAGACAUGUAUCGGGGACAGAACCUCUUGAAAUAACCUGUCUACAUGCAGAGGAGACAUUUCAGGUGACUGGCCAGCAGAUAAUUUCUGCUGCUGAAACUUUGACACUGCAUCCAUCUAGUAAAAUUGCUAAAGAAAAUCUAGAUGUAUUCUGUGAAGCCUGGGAAUCCCAAAUUAGUGACAUGUCAAUACUGCUGAGAGAAAUCAAUGAUGUGUUUGAAGGAAGACGAGGAGAGAAGUAUGGCUACCUUUCACUUCCAAAGCCAAUGAAGAAUAGUGCAAACCUGAGAUCAUUAAAGGCAGAUAAGCCUGACUCUGAGGAGCAAGCCAAGAUAGCAAAGCUUGGACUCAAACUGGGUUUGCUCACUUCUGAUGCCAACUGCGAGAUUGAGAAGUGGGAGGAUCAGGAGAAUGAGAUGGUUCUAUCUGGACGGAACAUGUCCAGUAUGGCCUAUUCUCUGUAUUUAUUUACUAGGGGAGAGGGGCCAUUAAAAACCUACCAGGAUUUAAUUCAUCAACUAGAGGUUUUUGCUGAAGAGGGUUUGAAGCUUGCUUCAAGUGUACAGGCUUUCUCAAAACAGCUGAAAGAUGAUGACAAACUUAUGCUUCUCCUGGAAAUAAACAAGUUUGUCCCUCUCUGCCACCAGCUCCAGACAAUAAUUAAGACACCUUUACAGAAUCAAGUGUUUCUAAAGGUUGAUAAGUGUAUUACAAAGGCGAGAUCCAUGAUGGCUGUUUUGGUUCAGCUUCUCUCACUUUGCUGUAAACUGUUGAAGAAGCUUUAGAUGGAAAACAGCAGAUGGGUCUCAGUUACAACUGUGGAUGGUAAAACUUGAGAAACUUUUGAGGUCAGAUCUUGGGAACGCCAUGUGGCAACACUGACCAUUUUAGAAAGCAAAUGAUCCUUUAUGUUUCAGAAACUCAACAAUUUUGCAGAGAAAACAAACUGAAAUCUUGCUUUAUUUUCUGAUUUUAUGAAACCGAUUGUGAAGCUUUCUGACAACUAAUAAAUGCCAUGGUAGUUGCUGUAUUUCUAAUUGCAGGGUGAUUUUAAAAUGGGACAUUGCUUUGAAUAAUGUUCUUUAAGUCAGACCAAAUAUCCCAACUGUCUUAACGACAGUUUAAUCCAAAGAAGCUAUUUUAAAUAUAUGCUCACGGAUGGCAUAUUUUACCAUAAGUUUCUAUUUUAUAAAAUUUAAGCUUCUCAUCUAGGACACUAAUUUGCAGCAGAAGAUAGCCAGUAGUCUCGGUGAUGCAGGGUUUCCCAUAAGCCUGUGGACUCGUCUUCACUCCCUCCUGUCUACUGAGAAUGACUGGGCCUCUGCCUUCCCCUCUGGGGCAGGUCAUCCAUCCUAAGAGCACAGGCAGUCUAUUGUGAUGCAUGUCCCUCUCCUCUCCCUUCCCAAAAGCAGGAUCCUGGAGCUCACGCCACAAAAGCCUAGAGGGCAGCUCACCAGGAAGUGGUUGUAGUUCUCAUUCUAGCAUAGCUGGCUUGUUUCUGCCCUGAAUAUUAGUUGGAACCCUAAGCCUCUGUUACUGGCUUCAGUAGUUUUUCUACUUCUCAGUAGCAACUGAUGGAAUGUAAGAUAGAAGACAGAAUAACUGAACUAAGCUGUUUAAAUUCUGAGUAAACAUACAUUUUAUAUACGUGCCUUUGAAAUGUUCCAUUAUAAAACAAAUAAACAUCUUUAGUCUUUUAAA